AUGGCGAAGAAUGGAAGGAAAAACCGCAAUCAGACGGCGUCUCCGGAGCGUACGCCUUCUCCGUCACCUCCGAUCGGCGGAAAUGUUGCCAUGACUCCUCACACUGGAUAUCGCGUUCUCCGCGGUGUCUCCGAUCCACUCUCUGCUUCAGCUAACUCGUAUGAUAACGUCCAUAGUCCGUUUUUCCUCCACUCCGGCGAUCAUCCAGGUCUCUCCAUUGUUAGUCACACCCUUGAUGGUACGAAUUACAAUAAUUGGUCGAUAGCGAUGAAAAUGAGCUUAGAUGCGAAGAAUAAGCUUAGUUUUGUUGAUGGAUCGCUUCCUCAUCCUGCUGUUGAUGAUAUUUCGUUCAAAAUCUGGAGUAGAUGUAACAGUAUGGUGAAGGCUUGGUUGCUGAAUGUGGUGAACCAGGAGAUCUAUGACAGUAUCCUAUAUUACGAUGAUGCAGCUGAGAUGUGGAAUGAUUUGUUCUUGCAUUUUCGUGUUAACAAUCUUCCGUGGAAAUAUCAGCUUGAGCAAGCUAUUAGUUGUCUCCAGCAAGGCAAUCUUGACCUCUCCACAUAUUACACGAAGAAAAAGACACUUUGGGAGCAAUUGGCGAAUGCCAAAUCCUCUAUUGUGAAGCGUUGUGAUUGUGAUCAUGUCAAGGACUCCUGGAAGAAGCUGAGACAAGUCGAUGAGAGUCAGAGGUUGGUUGGAGAACGAUCAUCUCCUUCUCUUUCCCCUCCUGCUGCUUUUCAGAUUCAAGCUCCUUUGGUUGAAGAUCAGUCUACUAUUCUCCUUCCCAAGAAGGCUCAAACCAUUGGUGCAGCGAAUCUGGCAACAACACAGCUACAGUCUCCGGCAGAUCACAGGGUUGGUGAUUCUGCUUCGUUGUCCCCUUCAAUGUCCAAUGAUCAGAUUCAGUCUAUGAUUGCUUAUCUUAGUUCCAAGAUUAAAGUUUCAUCGGUUGAUCCCACACCCGAUAAGCCUUGGUCAUCGCCUUCACCUUCCGUGCCUGUUAUUUCACAAAUUUCAGGUACAUUUCUUGAUCUAUAUUCCAACUCCUAUUAUGACAUGCUUGUUUCUUCAGUAUCUACGGAACCGGCUGUGUAUCCUAGAGCUUGGGUUAUAGAUUCAGGAGCUACACAUCAUGUCACCCAUAAUAGAAGCCUUUAUGUAGAUUACAGAGACUUAGAUCAAACCUUUGUCAAACUCCCUAAUGGCCUUACUGUUAGGAUAGUGGGUAUUGGUUUCAUUCAAUUAACUGAUGCUAUCUCUCUACAUGAAGUGCUUUACAUUCCUGAGUUUAAAUUCAAUUUGAUCAGUGUUAGUGUUUUAACCAAGUCUUUGCACUCAAUGGUUAGUUUCACAUCUGAAAAUUGGUUUAUUCAGGAUCUUACUCGGGAGUUGAUGAUUGGUCAAGGUAGUCAAGUUGGAAAUUUAUACAUCUUGGAUUUCAAUGCUUCUGAUCAUUCUGUUUCUUUAAAAGGUAUUGUUGCUUUUCAUUCUUGCCCUGAGACACCUGAGCAAAACUCCGUAGUAGAGAGAAAGCAUCAGCAUAUUUUGAAUGUGGCUAGAUCCCUUUUGUUUCAAUCCAAUGUUCCAUUAGAGUAUUGGGGAGAUUGUGUUCUUACCGUUGUCUUCUUUAUCAACCGUUUACCUAGCUUAGUCUUAGGUAACCUGUCUCCUUUUGAAAAACUAACUAGUAAAAUCCCUGAGUAUCACUCUUUAAAGAGUUUUGGUUGCCUCUGCUAUAGCUCUACUUCCCCUAAGAAUAGACAUAAGUUCAACCCUCGUGCCAAAGCCUGUGUUUUCUUAGGUUAUCCUUCAGGUUUUAAGGGUUAUAAGCUAUUAGAUAUGGAGACACAUGCCGUUUCCAUUUCAAGACAUGUCAUUUUUCAUGAGGAUAUUUUCCCUUUGGCUACUUCCAAUAUCGCGGAUGUUACAAAAGAUUUCUUUCCUCAUUUUCAUAAUCCUGCACCCAUUGAUGACAUUUUGCAUUCUGCAAGCUCAUCUUCUGAUGCACAUUCUCCCUGUGAUGUGUCAUCUUCCGAGAUUGCGAUUCCUUCUAAAUCAAAAUCCGAACGUACAAAGAAAACCCCUAAACACUUGCACGACUUCCAUUGUUAUAAUAAUACUAGUACUAUCUUAUAUCCCAUAAUCAACUAUGUUUCUUAUUCAUUAUUAUCUGAGCCUUAUUUCUCUUUCAUUCAUACUAUCACUACAACCUUUGUACCCAAAAAGUAUUUAGAUUCCAAGGCUUAUGAAGUGUGGUGUGAUUCGAUGAAACUUGAGAUUGAUGCUAUGAUAAGAACUCGUACCUGGAGCAUUCUGAGUUUGCCACCUAACAAGAAGGCAAUUGUAUCUAAGUGGGUCUUUACAAUUAAGUUACAUUCGGAUGGAAGCUUGGAGAGACACAAGUCUCGCAUUGUCGCCAAGGGCUACACUCAACAAGAAGGUUUGGACUAUGAAGAAACAUUCUCCCCUGUGGCGAAGUUUACUUCUGUACGUAUGCUUCUCCUUCUUGCAGCUAAGUUGAAUUGGUUUGUUGGUCAAGUUGACAUCUCCAAUGCGUUUCUCAAUGGUGACUUGAACGAGGAACUCUACAUGAAACUCCCUCCUGGUUAUGCUGAGCUCACUGGUGAAGAUUUGCCUCCUAAUGCUGUUUGUCGCCUUCACAAGUCGAUCUAUGGCCUCAAAUAA